GUGCCAAUCCCUCACCUCGCUCGCCGUGCGCCCUCCCUCCUCCUACUCCUCCUUUCUCCUCGGUGUAAUGCAAACCUCGUGAUCAUCCAUUCAGCGGUGACUAAUAAGCCGACUAGCCGAGGGCCAGGCAAGCCAAAAGUAUCCGGGAGGCAGACAGGUGUCGCGGAAGUUUACACUUGCAGAGGCGCAUCCCUCCGCGUCUUUUUGUCAUUAUCUGGGAUAACGCGAAAGAGACUGUAACUGGCGGUCAUCCGGCACCCACUGAUCCCGUGGUUGUCUCAACCUCGACCCCCGGAGCAGCAGUGCCUCCCCUCGUCCUCCCCUCUUGGACCAGCAGCUCAGCGUGGCGAGGCCAGGGAAGAUGGGCCGGAAACUGGACCUUUCAGGCCUGACGGACGACGAGGCGGAGCACGUCUUGAAAGUUGUCCAGCGCGACAUGAAGCUGCGAAAAAAGGAGGAAGAGAGGCUGAGUGAGAUGAAGCAGGAGCUGGCAGAGGAAGGCAGCAGAUGCUCCAUCCUCUCCAAGCAGCACCGCUUCAACGAGCACUGCUGUAUCCGCUGCUGCGCGCCCUUCACCUUCCUGAUAAACCCCAAGCGCCUGUGCCUAGACUGCCAGUACAACGUCUGCAAGACCUGCUGCACCUACAACAAGAGGGACAAAGCCUGGCUCUGCUCGGCAUGCCAGAAGGGCAGGGUUUUAAGGACACAGUCACUUGAAUGGUAUUAUAACAAUGUGAAGAGUCGCUUCAAGAGGUUCGGCAGCGCCAAGGUUUUGAAGACUUUGUACAGAAAACACAUUAUAGAGAGAGGAGCGUUCUCUGAUCUCCCAGAAAGCAGUGUUCACGAGGGAAGCAACGACAACGAUGGCAGCGUCUGUGGCAGCGACUCCGCCUUCUACAAACAGAGUGAAGGACACAGUAUGGCAGAGACGCUCACAGUCGCCCUGCGUGUUGCUGAGGAGGCUAUAGAGGAGGCCAUCGCUAAGGCAGAGGAGUUCAGUGACAGCUUGGAAAAGCAGAAUGAGGCUCGGUAUCUGCAGGACCACAAAGAGGAGCUCAUAGAAGAACUCGCCACAACAAUUGUACAAAAAAUCAUCCAGAGGAGGAGGCGUUCAGAGAUGCAGACAGAGUAUGACUCUGUCUGGCCUCAGCCUCAGUCCCUGAUCCCGUCCAGUGACCUCCCCUCUCCGUCUCAGCCCCAAGCAUCUUCCCAAGGACCGCAGGACCCCCUCAAGACCUCAAACUCCCUCUGGCGGUCGCGGUCCGCGUUCUCCCUCACCAGUGACGACUCCCCGGAGAAGGGUACAGACGAGGAGGGGGCCGGGGCGGGAAGCGGCUUGCAAGAUUACGCUUCUCUCAAGAGGGAGGGCAAGGCCACGUCUCUACCCACCUGGAAGAGUGUUGACCGCCUGGACAACUCCAGUGCAUCCUCAGUGCUCCAGAGCCCAGACGGUAACUGGAUCGCUCUGCACAGCUCACAGAUGUCCCGGCCCAGCCUGCUAACCAAGAGGAAGAGCCUGGUGUUCAGCGUGUUGGAAAAGGAGUCCGGCGUCGUGUCGGCUUACGACGAGAUGGGAUCUGACUCUGGGGAGGACGACAAAGGCGGCUGGGGUGCAGCGUUGCGACAGUUUCGGCGGAAACUCUCCGAUGAGACUUACUACACGGACUCACAGCACGACCCGGAGUGGACGUACACCCAGCACCUUCCAAUUACCUCGCCGUCCUCUGGCCAGUACACCAACACAGAGACUCUCAACUCGGACUCAGAGGCCUCAUCAGUGCUGUCCGCAUGUCCUCGCAAACCGCCUCACAACCUGCUGAGGAAGAAAGGACCGCCGGACACACACCUGCACCCUCAUCACCAGCCGCUCUACCAACAACACCUUCACCAGAACCUAUCUCCCUAUCGACUCCAGUCAGAGGCACUGGAUGUCAACUUUAACCCCAAGGUGAUGGGAGACAGCAGUGAGGCGGAGGAGAAGCAGAGCGACCCGAUCAGAAGAUCACGGCGACGCAGGAAAAGCAAGAGAGAGUCGUCAACAGAGCAGAGCAAAGCUGGAGGCCAGAGCCACACACAGUCCAUCUACCCAUUUGUACAGGAGAACAGUGGUUUUUUACUCAACACCCUGCUGAAGAGGGGUCUAAGUGAGGAACAGUCACAACCUAACACUACGCCAAUGGCCACAACUGCACCAGACGCCUUCGAAUUAGACACCGUGACACCCGAGCCAGGUGACUUGGACACAGUGGCCCCGAAUUCAGCAGCCCUGAGCCCUCUACAGCCCCACACUCUGGCUCCGGUGUCCCAGCAAUCACCCUGCAGCUCAGGGCCUGGAGACCCUCUGGAAGAGGAGCUACGAUCCAGACUCAGCCAGCUGGUCAGCCGUGCUAACAGCAAAGACAGCAGCUCAUCUGAGGAGGAGUGCACAAAGCAGACGGAUAAAGAAAGUGACAGACAGAGAGAGAAGACGAGGCCAAAAGACACUGAAAGAGAAAGGCAGAAGGGAAGUGACAGGUUAAGAGUCAGGACCGGCAGUAAAGAAAGAGAGAAAGUGGGUGAAACGGUGGAACAAGUGAAUGGACAAGUGGUGAAAAGAAGUGAGAGACUAAUAAAGAGUCCUUCAGUGAGAGAAGAAGGGAGAGGCAGGGAGAGGCGGUUAGAGAUGGGAGUGGAAUGCUUGGAAGAGAAUGUAGGUGACCGCGAGAAAAAGAGGGGAGAUAACAGAGAGCCAAACAGACAAAGUAAGAGACAACAUAAAAGAGAUGUGGCGAAAGCAGCAGGACAGAAAGGAGGAGUAAGAAGGAGUGGAUCCAGCACAAGUUCACCUGCUAUUACACCUUCUUCUCAGGAGAGGGCGCUGUCAGACAACCAGGAGGGACUGAAUGACUUGGAGCAACAGCAGAGGCUUCAGUUGCUCUCCUCUCUCUUACAGCAGCAGAAGUACUCGGCGGCCUCUCUCUGCAGCAUCACCACCGAGGUGCUGAAGGUUUUGAACGCUACAGAGGACCUGAUUGGUGAGGCAGGAGGUGAGAGCCACACCCCAUCUGAGUCCAUGAGUGCUUCUCCCAUUUCCAACAGCUCGGAGACCCGCAGGCUGGACCAGAGGCUGACCAAGAUGGAGGAGAAUGUGUACCUGGCUGCUGGUGCUGUGUAUGGGCUGGAGGGGGCGCUGGGGGAUCUGGAGCAGUGUGCCCGCAGUAUUGAGAGUGGCACCACAGACACAGAGCUGGCCUUCCUGGAGGACCAGGUGGCCACAGCAGCUGCUCAGGUUCAGCAGUCUGAGCUACAGAUUUCAAACAUUGAGGCCAGGAUAUCAGCGCUGAAAACCGCUGGGUUGAAUGUGACUGUCUGCAAUCAUUUCUCCAAGAUCAAACCAAAGGCUAAGCCUCAAACCCUGGACUCAUCCCGCCAUCAAAGGAGGAAGCUUCCAGCCCCUCCACUGAGAGAAAAGUUGGAGCCAGAGCUACAGGUGAAAGUGUUCCGGCCAUAGUGACAGUCAGCAGGAUAACAAGUCCCUCAGGGCCACUUCAGAGCCCCAGGGACGGGGGCCCGUCUCAUCCAGUGCCUUGACCCAGUGUCCGCCUCCAGCUGCAGGCCAAGCAGAGGCCAACACCUGCCCUGUGUGACCUACCAAGCACUCAGCCCUCAGCCAGGCACGGUACCCUGUCAGUCAAAUGCCUCACAGAAAAGACGACUGGCUCUUUCCACUUUAUCCUCCAUUUCCUUCCUUCAUCCUCUCCACGCACACAACAUCAGGCAAGGAGGACUCGACAGUCGGUGUCUCUGCCUUAAAAAUCUGCAAACACUCCUCAUGACCCAACUGAAAUAGAAUAUCUGUACAGACAAAAGUAACUCUCAUUUCCUUUUUCUAUCUGUUUGCAAGAGUUUUGUGAUUUACUGUACAAUGGUGUGGAAAAAAUCAUGUAAAACUUUCUGUGAUUCAGUGUCCCAAAAAGAGGCUGAGCCGUGUUUUAUACUGCAUCUUCUUAUCUUAUGAUAAGCCCCUUGAGAGCUUCUCUUUCUCCCGCGCACACACACACACACACACACACACACACACACACACACACACACACACACACACACACACACACACACACACACACACACACACACACACACACACACACACACACACACACGCGCGCGUACACAAACAUACAUACAUACACACACACACAGCUAUCAGAUGGGAAUCCUCAUUUGGGGAAUGAUUGUAACACCUUUUGACGUUUAACCAUUUUAAGAAUUAACGGACUUACCAGAAAAUCCGUGUUUAAAUACGCAAAUCAUCAGGGCCAUAAAAUAAAAUUGCUAAAUGGCGAUAAUGGAACACAAAGCACAUGUGGGAAGUCUGUCAUUCUUACUACACAUAGUUUAAAAAUGUUUAAGGAAUAGUUUUGGAAAAUUCAGGAGUUACAGGAGAAGAUAGAUGUCUGUAUGUAGCCUGUAAGAUUAGCUUAUCAUAAAGACUGUAAACUGGGAAAAAGAUACUUUGACUCCUUUUUUAAAAAGGUAAAAAUAUAAGCUGAGCAGCACUUCUAAAUCUUACUGAUUAACUGUAAAUUUUUUGUUUUAAACUGUAAAACUAGGCAAGUAUUGUUCCCUUCAGACGGAGCCAGGCUAGCUGUUUCCUUAACAGCCUUAAUGUUGAAGCUGUGGGCUUCUACAUUGAAUUUAGUCAAAAUAAGGUUUGAAUAAUGUCUGAAUGUCAGCUCGACAGAUUGGCUCAGUAGGUUUGACAUUCAGGUUCAGUCUGACAGCCUUCCCUCUUGCAGUAUUCUUCAACCCAAAGUCAUUCUCUUCCUGUCGUUUUUCUUCAUUUACUUUACUUUCAAACGUUGUGGCCUUUUAUUUGAACAAAAAAGGUAUUUUCAUGUUUCCACUUUGCUGGGUUAUGUCCGAACUUGUUGCGUUCAGAAAAUCCUGUAAAGAUUUUUACAUAAUAAAGUCUGACGGGCUAUAUGACAAAUGCCAUGAAACCAUGAUUUUGUUACAAGCAAUUUAUUUUUGUAUCUACUGAACAUUUUUAUGCAAUACCACCGAAAUAAGUACUAUUGCAAAUUAAAGGCUUUAUUCUCUCCUCAAAGGAGCCCUGCUCAGUCAGUCCCACUUAUGUGUGAUGAUUCAAAGUGCUUUCAGUGUAUGCCUGCGUUUACCAUUUGAAAUUCUGCCAGUAAUGAUGAUGGUAAAUGUAACAAAAACGCGGGUGACCAGGCAUUUUUUGGAGCGGCUAGUAGGAUUCAUACUGUAUUUGUACUCCUUUAACACUAGAUUGGAGAAUACUGCCUUUCAUUUUGGGUUACUUUUCUUCACUCUGACCACGUACAUUAGUCAGAAUCUCAGUUAGCCAUGCAUACGGUUGUCAAAGGGUUUGCUCUGGCUAUACAGCUCAAGAGCAGAGUUGAAUUUCCUGAUGGACUGCUUGAGCUAAAAGGUGUGAUGAUCUUCAGUAUGAAUGCUCUAUUAGUGACCUUUUCAUCCCAGCCUUUCAUAUCUCGGGUUUUGCACAUUGAUCCUGUACUUUUUGUCCAUCUUGUUCUCACAAGGUGUCAAUGUAUAAAAGCAUGUUUCUGGUUUUAUCAAAAUUGAUGUAAAAUUUCCCAUGAAAAGCACAGCCACAAGGGUCCAAUCAUUAGUGUCCUGUAUUUUUCUAAUGUAAAAAAAAAUAUCUCAUCACAGAAUUUAUUAAUAUAUGUAUAUGUGUGAAAAGAUGGAUAUGAUAUAGAAUAUGUGUAUUGCCCAAUCAUAGUUGACCAAUCGUUCAGUGUUGUGUGCAAGAGCCAGUGUAUUAUUGUCAUGACUUGUCGGCUGGAUUCACACAGGACGUCUAAUUUACUGAAACUGUGUCCCAGAUGCUCCGAAAUGAUGAGAUUCACCCAGAGCUAAAAGCAGAUCUCACUUUUGUUCCUGUUUAAAUCCAGUGUGAAUGACUAUGAUGAGGUUCACUGUGCACAGCUCCACAGGAGGGCCAUUCACUUUUAUGUGCAAUCGUUCGUUGCGAUCCAUAUGACAUGUUGGGGAAAAUAUUAACAAGCAAAAAAUACAGAUUCUCUAUGUGCCACAGUACUCUGAGACAACAAAUGUAUUAUGAAAUGAAUAAAAUUUGCAAACUUAAAAGCUU